AUGCUCUUCUUCGCCGCCGACACCACCAACCCCAGCUCCCAGAGCGGCCACGGCCUCGUCCAGGCGCAGGAGCUGCUCCAGACCGCUAUGCGCAGGCUCCAACUCGAGCUCCAGUUCCUGCUCGACAAGCACGACGAAAGCCAACAACAAGCGGCCGGCGCAUCCGCUGCCGGUGCCAGCAGUAUACGCGCGGUGGCUAAGGCCAUGAUGGCCGCCGGCUACGGCAAGGAGUGCAUUUCCACCUUCAAGUCCCACCGUCGCACGGCUCUGGCCACCAAGCUGCAGCGUCUGCUCGGCUUCUCACCUCCAACUGCUAGUGGUAGCAGCAGUAACUCGUUGUCGUCGUCGUCGCUCUUCCACAAGCUCACCUGGGAGCAGAUCGACGGCAACAUCAUACCGUCGUGGAUCGCCACCGCCACCGUCGCCUUCAGCUCCCUCUUCACCGGGGAGAAAGACCUCUGCGACACGGUCUUUGCCCGCGACGCGGCUGUUCGUGAGGCUGUGUUCGCGGCCAUCGCCAACGACCAGGCCACGAGCCUCCUCGGCAUCGCGGAGGCCGCGGUGGCAAGAGCAAGGCGCGCCCCGGAACGCCUGUUCCGGGUGCUCGACGUCCAUGACGCGCUCACCGAGGUACUGCCGACGCUCUUGUCCGUUUUUGGGGACAACUCCGAGGUCGCCACCAGGGCCGCCGUCGUGGUCACCAAGGCGGGCGAGGCUGCGCGCGGGACCCUGAGCAGCUUCGAGGCGGCAAUCCAGAAGGAGCCGUCCAAGGCCACCACGGCCGGCGGCGCGGUGCACCCGCUGACCCGCUACGUGAUGAACUACCUCGUCUUCCUCGCCGACUACCAGGAGGGCCUUGCUCUCAUUUACGAGCAACCUGAUGCAGAAGGCGCAGACUACACCUCAUCAGUUUCUGGCAACGUUUCGCCGGAACAUUAUGCGCUGUCAACGACAUCGUCUCCGUCGUCGAGCAUGUCGUCGUCGUCGUUUUACAGUUACAGCCCGAUCCAUCGGCUGGUGUCGGUUCUGCUGGGCAAGCUGGACGCCAAGGCCGGGUGCUACCGGGAGGUGGCGCUGAGCUACCUCUUCCUGGCGAACAACACCAAGUACGUGGCCAACAAGGUGGCCGGCAGCGGCAGGCUGCAGGGGGUCCUCGGGGAGGAGUGGGCAGAGGCGCAGGGCGCCAAGGCGCGGGCGCACGUGGAUGUGUUCGUGCGCGCGGCGUGGGGCAAGGUGAUGGCCGCCAUCUCCUCCGUGCCGCAGGAGCCUGAGGUUGUGGAGGCGGCGGUGUUGGAAGCGAUGGGAAUGCAGGAUGCCAGGAUCAGUGGGUGGCGGCGGACGAGGAGAUGGGCGGGGCGUUGA